GGGAUUCCGCACGGAGCCUCGCUGGCACGAUGAAGUAGCUGCCAGGCAUGGCUGGGGCCGCUCUUACUAGCAGCGACGCCGAGUGAAGGAUGUCGUCCGUCACACAACCCCCUCGCCCCCCCCUGUCCCCUCCCGCUGCCGCCAGUGAUGUUUAAAUGGGCCAAGUUGGGAGAAGCGGCGGAGAAGGCAAAUCUUGUUUGGUCAGAGAGUGUGUGAACUCCAGUGUGUGACAUGUAGCAUGAAGGGAUCCCCCAGCAGCCCCUAAGCACCAGGGCAGAUCUGCUAGAGAGAGGGGCAGGGAAAGCAGCUCCGCUCCCUCACCCCAGGGAUAGCCAGCUCACAUGUAAUCAUUAUUAUUAUUAUCCUCAUUAAUACCCAGACAAGCGGAAGGCAGCCUGGCAGGUGGAUAAGGGGGGAUCCAGACCCACUAGCCGAAACUGGUUCUUUGGCCACAGGGUCAGCCAAGGGGCAGCAAGGAGGGGGAGAGGGGACAUUGCGUGCCAAGGCAAGAGAAGCUUAAAGGGGCAUAAGGGCACAGGGAGGUGAGUAGGGGGCCACUGGGCCCCAGAGUGCACUUUUUAUCACUGGGGGGGCGGAGGUCGAUCGGGGAUCAAUAAGAAUUUACAGAAGCAACACGAUGUCUCCGGCGGCUCAGCCCUCUCCGGCAUGUCAUGUCUCAGGCAGCUGCACAUCAGCAGAGGAGUUGCACUGCAAGGAGCAGUGAAGCCCGACACUCGCUGCUAGGAAAAGUCGCCACUACCUAGAAAGCACAAAGUCGCUGCUGUAGCCCUCUGGGCGCAAUUACAGCAGAAGGUGCGAUUCCCGCGGACCAGGGGGCAACGUGGGGACACCAUGCCGGCUAUCAAGAGAGAGAGACCGGAUCGAGAGGAGUUAGCCCUGGCAGCCUUUAACCAGCCCAUGGACACCAUCCCGGGUUACCUUGCAGCUGCUAUCCCGGUAGUGACUCCGCACCCUCCGGCUUACGAGCACCUUUUCUCCCCCCACGCCCACCGUGCCUACCUGGGCUUGCCCGAGCCCCACCACCACCCCCCGCUGCCCGAUGACAUGAUGCUGGAGAGGUUCUCCUCCAUUCCGGACUUCCAGCCGCUCUUUGAUCAGGGGGAGCCCUGCAUUGAGGUGGAGUGUGGGGAAAACAAGGCUUUGCUCUACAUCCAGAAGUUGUGCCAAGGGAGCAAAGGGCCGUCCAUCCGAUACCGAGGAGAGUGGCUCACCCCUAACGAGUUCCAGUUUGUCAGUGGCCGGGAGACUGCCAAGGACUGGAAGCGGAGCAUCAGACACAAAGGGAAAAGUUUGAAGACUCUUAUGUCCAAAGGAAUCUUGCAGGUACAUCCUCCAAUCUGUGAUUGCCCUGGGUGUCGAAUUUCGUCUCCAGUGAACCGGGGUCGUCUAGCUGAGAAAAGGACAAUUCCUCUGCCACCCAGCAGGAUACCAAAAAAGGAGCCUUGUUCAGUUUUCUCCGUAGUGGAGGAUAGUCCCAAGGGGAAUGGCGAACACACGUCAGUGAAACUGGAAGAGGAUCUGCAUAUCAGUAUCAUGAAAAGAAGGAUACGGGCGCACUGGGACUUGAACAUCUCCUUCCAAGACACCUCUUGCAGGCCUGUAAUACAGAGAGAGAGAGUUAAUCACCCCAAGGACUGCAUGGAUGGCAUAUUUCUGCAGACUACUGCUCCUCUAAUGGGAUUGGCAGGCCGUGAAAACGAACUUUCCAGCAUCAUCACAAGCCUGCAUCAGAACCACCAGCUCGUAAUGCCAGAAAACCAGAACAAGAGAAACAGCCACCAACUCACCUUCCCAUCUACAGAUGACUUUUUAGGCAAGAAGCGAGAAUGCUCCCCCAACAGUAACAGCGAGUGCCCUCUGGAAAGCAAGAAAGCCAGAAGCGAGUCUCCGAAGGAAACCUCCCAGACUCCUCUGUUAGAGGAACGGUUGGCGCAAAUGACACCUGAAGAGCAUUACAGGCGCAUGAUGUCAGCACUAAAUGAGCAUGGAAGCUUUGAAGAGCAGCAGCAGCGCCUUUACCAGCUGGCAAACACAAUGGCAGUGCCGACCCACAACGAUCUGCUCCGGGCUCGACAAGAAGUUGCAGCUGCUGUAGUGAGAAAUCCAGCAGCUAUGGAAGCUCAUAUUCCAUCCUCCAGCAACUCUUCCAGUCAGCGGCGGAAGCAGGGCCUGCCACAGCAUCGGGACACCUCCCACUUUACAGACAGGGAGAUGUCACACCCACCCCCCCUUCUAUCACCACAGAAUGCCCCACACAUUGCUUUGGGACCUCACUUACGACCACCUUUCCUUGGUGUCCCCUCAGCUUUGUGCCAGACUCCAGGCUAUGGGUUCCUUCAACCAGCACAAGCAGAAAUAUUUGCACGACAGCAGGAGAUGUUAAGGAAGCAGAAUCUGGCCAGACUUGAGAUGUCUGCAGAAAUCAUACGUCAGAAAGAACUGGAAAAUCUACAUCGCCAGAGGCUUUUGGCUGGAGAUCCUUUGACACUUCAUCCUGGGUUACCACCUGAUCACCCUGCCCUGAGGAAUGUUCAUGAACUCCCUGAGGGUCACCCGCUAAGAGAGGAGUUAUCCCGGAGGAAUGCCAUGUUGGUCCUUCGACACAACAAUACACCACUAUUGUCCCUUAACCAUCAAGGUGUCUCAAGUGCGCCACCACCAAAAGAAUCUGGGAGUGGCAGGAGAUCAAGUCGUAAAUCAGUACAUCAUCGAAACGAACCACAGGUAAAUCAGGGAGAAGCCAAGGAACUCUUGGACCAGCACUGUCGGGAUGGGGCCUCUGAGGGAAAUGAUGAGGAGAUGAAGGAUUCAGAGAGUGAAGCAGAGGAAAAAGCAGAUAGCCUCAGAGCCGACCGAGGUGCUUCCUCAUCCUCUCAUGAACUACAUGAAGGCAAAGACACUCUCAAAGGAUCAGAGUCCAUAAAGGAAUCAAAUGAUGCUCAAACUCACCAAAGCUUGCCCUGUGGUCCAUCAGAAUCCCCCACCCACCUUUUGGGACCAGGAAUCAACAAGGGUGAAAGCAAAUAUUUGCCAUCCAGCUCAGUGCCGCCACCUCAGCCACUCCCUUUUGGAUUUCCGUAUGCUGUCAAUCCUUACUUUCACACAGGUGCCAUGGGGGGGCUCUUCCUGGAUGGGGAAGAAAGUGUUGUGCUGGAGGACCUCAGCAAAUGGACAGUAGAGGAUGUGUGCAGCUUUGUGGGCAGCCUGUCUGGCUGCGCUGAAUACACACAGGUAUUCCGGGAGCACAGUAUAGAUGGUGAAACACUGCCUUUGCUGACUGAAGAACACUUAUUGAACAACAUGGGACUAAAAUUGGGCCCUGCAUUAAAGAUCCGAGCACAGGUCGCCAAGAGAAUCGGACGGGUCCUAUACAUGGCCAGCUUUCCAGUGGCCUUUCCCCUGCAGCACCCAGGUUUGCGAGCAGCAGAAAGAGACCUUGGGGCUGGCGAGAUCCGCCCACCCUCUACUGGAAGUGCUGGCUCCCCAUAUGGCAGCACCCUUCUGCCCCCAAGCCGUAUCUCACCAAAGCAUGAGAAUGGAGGCACUACUUACCUUAACGAACCUGCUAAAUCUCUGUCCUAACUCUGGCUAGAAAAUAACCAGAUUAUUAAAGCUCUGUUUUGCUGGAGCUUGGAGCACAAAGGGGACUUUGCUUAGGGUACCAGAGGUCCCUUAUGCUGCUUGAAACACUGAGAUUUAACUCUUCUAAAGGACAGAUAACUUGGCAAGCCCAAAAAUCCCUAAAAACUCAGUGGGGGAGAUACAAAUAGAUAAAUAUAUGUAUGUAUGUAUGUAUAUAUAUUUUUAUUUCAAUUAAUAGCUUUGUAAAGAGAUUAAAGCUAAAUUAGAGGGGCUGGUGGGAGUAAAACUUCAAGUGAUAGCUAUACCUGGAUAAAUGGCAAAUGGGGCAAGGCAGGGUCAACCAAGGGUGUAACAAUUCAGAUCUCACCAUGAGGCUGCUAAGGGGCCUGUGAGUACAAUGUGCUUUACUUAUGUGCAGUGAUCAUAUUCCCCUGCCCGGCUACGUGUGGGUAGGGCACAUUAAGGUUUGUUUUGGUGUCCGUUGAUUUCUAGUUACAUCCUGAGAGCUAAUCAUAAUCAGCCACAUAUAUGCAGUCAAGAUAUCCCAUCCCAAAACUGUUGGUUAUUAUACCAACUCAUAAGAUGGUAAGGGGAUAAAAACUUCUUUAAACUCAGUUGAAGGUAGGCAAGGCCUCUGAACCAAAGUUGGAUCUGAAGAAGCCUAUCUGGUGACAGCAGAAGAUAUCAGAGAGAAUAAUAGGACAGUGGCCUUUUUCUCUGUUAUGGUUUUGUACCAAGCAGUUGUCCCUUUAGUCUGUUUCCCAUCUAUGCAUCUCCAGCAAUCUUCUAUUGUACCAAAGAAAAUAACACGCUGCCUUGUCCCCUCGGCAGCUGCUACAGUGGUGAAUUGGGAUUUCUUUGGUUGGUGCUGCUUAAAGGAAUUUUAUAUCCUGUCAAUCUUUAUGCCCCAGUCAGUGAUUGAUAACAACAAAUGAAUGUUGUAAUGGACCUUCCAAUGCCUUCUUGCUUUCUGCCUUUGCUUUGCCUGGUCAUGCUUAUACAGAGGAGGUGAGGAUAUUUUGUUGAGGGAGAGGGGUGGAGUGGCCAAGGACAAGGUCUUUAUCGGCUCUGGACAAUCCUUCAGUUAAUAAUGUGAUUCCUUGCUGGGGUUUGCACAGUGACAACUGGCCACGGAGGAGACAGCGGAGCACAGAGACAAGCAGUUCCCACCGCAGACUCUGUUUUGGGCAACAAGCGCUACUGUCGCAAGCCCUGUGCUCACUAUACUACUGUGAAUGGACAGAACUGAGAGCGGCGGCACCCAUGGAAUAUCGGAAUCCCGUGCAACAGUUAGAUAUGGUACUUGCCCUUGUGUGUUUUCAGGGUUUGUUUUGUUUACACGUUGCACGUCUCAUUUUCAGUUCAUCGGAAUUCCCUCAACAAUUAUAUUAAUUUCUACUGGGAGAAGAAAUGAAAUCCACGGUACAAUUAGCAUUUCUUUAUACUGUAAAAUAAUAAUAAUAAUCAGCCCUAAACAGAUCAUCAUAUAAUGCUGCACAGCAGCUUGUUUCAAUAAAAAAAAAAACAAAGAA